AAGCUAUAAUGCUACAGAAUUUUUUUGCAAACGCAUAAUUUUCACCGAAAGCCGAAAGAAAAGUUUUCAAAAAACGUAGUAAAACACGGGAGGAAAACAGCUAAGCAGUAAGCAACGUCUCGGCAUUUGUGAAAAAAAUCGCCCCUUUCGGCUAUUGAAUUUUCAACGCGUGCGGCUAAGAAAAAAAAAAGAGAGUGUACAUCAUAGAACCGAAUUAUAUACUCAUUUUAGAACAACGAUGAGCGAGUUUCAGCAGCAAGGCGGCAUCAAUCAAUCGCAGGCACUCGCCCAGGCAAUCCAGCGUGCCAAGCAGAUCGCGGCGAAGAUCCAGCCGAGCCAGCAGGGCGGCGCCACAGCGGGUCCAUCGCCACCGUCUUCCGGUGGAGCGCCCAGCUAUAAGCGUAUGAACGACGACGACGACAGCGGUCCGGAGCGAAAACGCUCCUUAGGCAGUCCGGAUUACGGCAGUCAUAGUCCCAACAUGAGCAGCGGGGGCGGCGGCGGAGGUGGUGGUCAGGGCGGUGCCAGCAUUACCCAGGCAAUCGCCCAGGCAGCUGCGGUAGCGGCUCGUUUGGCCGCCUCGGCGGGCACAAGCUGUGAGGAGCAGAUCCGACUGCCCGAAUCGGUGGCCGGCGCCUUUAUGGGCCGCGCCAGCAAUGACACCAUCACCCACAUCCAGGCAGAGUCCGGUGUGAAAGUUCAGGUUAUGCAGGAUCAAGAUCGCGUGAUCAUGCUGCGUGGCCAAAGGGACACGGUCACCAAGGGCCGCGAAAUGAUUCAGAACAUGGCCAAUCGAGCUGGCGGUGGACAGGUGGAGGUGCUGUUGACAAUCAACAUGCCGCCACCGGGACCCAGCGGGUAUCCGCCUUACCAGGAGAUCAUGAUUCCGGGCGCCAAGGUGGGCUUGGUCAUUGGCAAGGGCGGCGACACCAUUAAGCAGCUGCAGGAGAAGACCGGAGCUAAAAUGAUCAUCAUCCAGGACGGACCCAACCAGGAGCUAAUCAAGCCCCUUCGCAUUUCCGGCGAGGCACAAAAGAUCGAGCACGCCAAGCAGAUGGUGCUCGACCUGAUUGCCCAGAAGGAUGCCCAGGCUCAGCAGCAGGGCGGCCGCGCCGGUGGUGGAGGUGGCGGCGGUCCAGGCAUGGGAUUCAAUAACUUCAACAACGGCAACGGCGGCGAGAGCGUCGAAGUGUUUGUUCCCAAAAUUGCAGUUGGUGUGGUCAUCGGCAAGGGCGGCGAUAUGAUCCGUAAAAUACAAACCGAGUGCGGCUGCAAACUGCAGUUCAUUCAGGGAAAGAACGACGAAAUGGGCGACCGCAGGUGCGUCAUUCAGGGCACUCGCCAGCAGGUCGAGGAUGCCAAACGCACCAUUGAUGGGCUAAUUGAGAACGUGAUGCAACGAAACGGCAUGAAUCGCAACGGUAAUGGAGGAGGCGGUGGCCCAGGAGGAGACUCUGGCAACUCCAACUACGGCUAUGGAUACGGCGUUAAUCACGCCCAAGGUGGACGGGAGGAAAUUACAUUCCUAGUUCCCGCUUCCAAAUGUGGAAUAGUCAUUGGUCGAGGCGGUGAGACCAUCAAGCUGAUCAACCAGCAAUCUGGAGCCCACACCGAAAUGGAUCGCAAUGCCAGCAAUCCCCCCAACGAGAAGCUCUUCAAAUCCAAGGGCACCACCGACCAGGUGGAGGCAGCCCGCCAAAUGAUUUCCGAGAAGAUCAACAUGGAGCUUAAUGUCAUUUCCCGCAAGCCUAUCGGUGCCGGUCCCGGCGGUGGUGGCGGAAACUCGGGCGGUGGCCAGAACAACUCCCACCACAAUCAGCAGCAAGGCGGCUAUGGCGGCCAGAAUCAAAUGCAAGGCGGUGAUCCCAAUUCUGGAGCUGGCUAUCAACAACAGCCUUGGGGUGGACCAUACGGUCAGCAGGGUUGGGAUCCCUCCGGUCAACAGCAGCAGCAGCAAAUGGCCAUGGCUAAUCAAGGAGCCGCUGCUGCGGGUGGAGGGGCUGGUGGCCAAGACUACUCGGCGCAGUGGAUAGAGUACUACAAACAAAUGGGAUGCCAUCGAGAGGCUGAAAUGAUUGAGCAGCAAAUGAAGGCCAAGCAGUCGGGCGGCUCCUCAGGUCCUGUCCAGCCGCAACAGCAGCAACAACAAGCCCAACAGUCCCAACAGCAGCCAGGAGGCGCCGGUGCCGGAGGAGCCGACUACAGUGCCCAAUGGGCGGAGUACUAUCGCAGCGUGGGCAAGAUUGAAGAAGCGGAGGCCAUCGAGAAGACAUUAAAGAACAAGCAACAGAAUGGAGCCAGUGGCCAGAGCAAUGCGCCGAAUCCCAGCCAAGGCGGUCCCAACCCCGGCCAGCAGCAGUCCAAUCCCGCUGCGGCAGCGGCUGCAGCAGCUGCUGCUGCAGCGGCGGCCGGUGGUUAUGGCCAGAGCAUGACGCCCAGCCAGUAUGCACAGUAUUCGCAGUAUUAUGCAGCUGCGGCUGCAGCUGGUGGUCAGCCUCAGGGAGCGCCUCAGCCUGGCGGAGGGCAGGGCGGCGGUCCGCCGGCGAACUAUCCUGGCAAUUAUCCGGGCGCUGGCUACGGCGGCUAUCCCGGUGCGCCGGGCCAACAGCAACAGCAGCAAAAAUCGCACAAAAACGACAAACACUGAGGACGUUCGAUGGGAUCGGAAUCAGGGGCGGAAAGGAGGCGUAUGUGGGAGUGGAAGCGAACGCCGAAGUGGAAGAUGCUGCGGUUUGAGAACGAUGCAGGUGCCUUGAAUGGGUGAUCUAUUGUUCUACUAUGUCCUAUGUCUUUUAAUCCCCUCACAAAACUAGCAAAUCAGAAAUGAAAAGCAAAAGCAAAUGAUUUUUAAUUGCAAUAACAACAGCAAAAGCAAAAGCAGAAGCAUCACCACACAGACAACACUCGGCGGAAUGGAGGCGGCGGACAUCAGGCGAGGACCCGGAUAAAUCAGCAAAUCGAUCGGAGAACGUUUAGCUUUUGCAGAAAUGUAAAUUAAUAUUAUUAACAUUGUCUAUUAUUUGGAUAUUGCCUAUAAUUUCCCCACUAGUUUGUAAGCGAUUUCCCCGAGAUCCUAAGUCUACAUUUACCUAAUAAUUAUACAUAAUCCCGACCGAAUGAAACAUAAUGCUCUUGCUGUUCAUGAUCACCACUUGCACAGACAUACAAAGAGACGCUAAUUGAA